AUGUUUACCAGGGUGCCUACUAAAUCGCUCCUCAGAUUCAAAUGCGUGUCCAAACAAUGGCUUUGUAUCAUCUCUGAACCCAACUUUACCCUUGCCCACGCCCGCUGCCACCAAGCCAAUGGCUAUCUCAAACCAUCUGCUCUCUUGCUCAACAAUGACUACACCCGUACUCCUGAAUUCCAGGUUGUUCCACUCAAUUCUGAAAACCAUGGAAGCAAGGGAGAUACUUUGAGAUUUUGCCGUCUUUUCUCUUCUGCAGAUUAUUGUAACUCCGUAGUCAAUGACAAGGAUUGUGGUCACAGGUAUUUUAUCUGCAACCCAACCACAAGACAGUUUAAGAGAUUUUCAUUUCCUUGUCGUGAAUUUGAGGAACGCUUGAUUUCAGUAAACUUGGCAUUCGAUCCUUUGUUAUCUCCUUAUUACAAGAUUAUUGCCAUUAGGGAACAAGAGGAGCUUUCCGGCGAGUUCUGGAUUAACUUGUAUUCCUCGGAGACAGAUUCCUGGAGGUUUUUAGGCAAAAAUUUCCAUCCUCCAUCUGGAAUAUGUUUUAGGACUGGGGUUUUCUUUAAGGGAAUGGUCCAUUGGUGUAGUGAUGAGUAUUACUGUGAGGAAUUACCUUCAUACUACUUUGGUCUUUUGGUGGCUCUCGUGGCCAUUUGCAUAUGGUAG